AUGAGACCAAUGAGAACAAUGAGAACAAUGAGACCAAUGAGAACAAUGAGAACAAUGAGACCAAUGAGACCAAUGAGAACAAUGAGAACAAUGAGAACAAUGAAAAAGAUGAGAACAAUGAGAAAGAUGAGAACAAUGAGACCAAUGAAAACAAUGAUAACGAUGAGAACAAUGAGAAAGAUGAGAACAAUGAGAAAGAUGAGAACAAUGAGACCAAUGAAAACAAUGAAAACGAUGAGAACAAUGAGAACAAUGAGAAAUAUGAGAACAAUGAGACCAAUGAGACCAAUGAGAAAGAUGAGAACAAUGAGACCAAAGAGAACGAUGAGAAAGAUGGGAACAAUGAGACCAAUGAAAACAAUGAGACCAAUGAGAACAAUGAGAACAAUGAGACUAAUGAGAAAGAUGAGACCAAUGAGAAAGAUGAGAACAAUGAGAAAUAUGAGAACAAUGAGACCAAUGAGAACAAUGAGAACAAUGAGAAAGAUGAGAACAAUGAGAACGAUGAGAACGAUGAAAAAGAUGAGAACAAUGAGACCAAUGAGAAAGAUGAGAACAAUGAGAAAGAUGAGAACAAUUAGACCAAUGAGAACAAUGAGAACAAUGAGAAAGAUGAGAACAAUGAGAACGAUGAAAAAGAUGAGAACGAUGAGAACGAUGAGAGCGGUGAGAACAAUGAGAACAAUCAGAACAAUCAGAACGAUGAGAACGAUGAGAACGAUGAGAGUGGUGAGAACAAUGAGAACGAUGAGAACGAUGAGAACGAUUAGAGCGAUGAGAGCGAUGAGAGCGAUGAGAACGAUUAGAGCGAUGAGAACGAUGAGAACGAUGGAAUAA